GGGCCAGACACAGAGGAAGCGCUCUGGGAAUAUGUGUGCAAUAAAUGAAUGAAUGGGGAAACUGAGGCCAAGUCAAUGGCAGAGCCGGGAGUCAAACUCAAGUCUCUCUGUACUGAGAGAAGGGCCCUAGUUUGAGCUCCCACCACCUCUACUCCCCUGAGGUCUGCCCGGAGCCGAGGCACACAAAAGGCGCUCAAUAAUGACAUUGAAAUUGGACUGCUUGGAAGCCAGACACUCUGGGGGCCACAGAUUACUCCUCUAGCCUCCGCAGUCCUCCAAGACCAUAGAGAGCUGCGCAGGGACCGCCCCUCUCCGUGCUCAACCGCUUCGGGAAGCUUGAGGGCCAGAGAGGCCGGAAGUUCGGUGAUCCUGGGGCCGCGCUGGCCGCCCCGGCCGCGGGAGGCCUCGAUUCCCCGCCGAUAUUUUCCCGGUGGCCUCGGAACCAAGAGACCCCAGAUGGACCCUGGGAAGGAUGAGGAGGGGGUGUCACAGCCCCCAGGGCCGCCCCAAAGGAAGAAGUUCGUUAUACCACUGGACGACGAUGAGGUCCCUCCUUCUGGGGCCAAGCCCUUAUUCAAAUCCACACGGAGCCUUCCCACUGUGGAGACCCCAGCCCAGGAAAACCCUCAGACAUAUGCUGAGUACACCAUCUCGGGGCCUCCAGGAAGGGCUGCAGCCACGUGCCUCACAGGGUCAGAUGCCCCGGCAGGAGAAACUCCCAACCAGGCCCCCAAACCAGGGGCAAAAUCCAAUAGCAUCAUUGUCAGCCCCCGGCAGAGGGGCAACCCAGUGCUGAAGUUUGUGCGCAAUGUGCCCUGGGAAUUUGGCGACGUGGUCCCGGACUACGUGCUGGGCCACAGCACCUGUGCUCUCUUCCUCAGCCUCCGCUACCACAACCUCCACCCAGACUACAUCCACCAGCGGCUGCAGAGCCUGGGGAAGAACUUCGCCCUGAGGGUCCUGCUCGUCCAGGUGGACGUGAAAGACCCUCAGCAGGCCCUCAAAGAGCUGGCUAAGAUGUGCAUCCUGGCAGACUGCACCCUGAUCCUUGCCUGGAGCCCGGAGGAGGCUGGGCGGUACCUGGAAACCUACAAGGCCUACGAGCAGAAGCCGGCAGACUUGCUAAUGGAGAAGCUGGAGCAGGACUUUGUCUCCCGGGUGACUGAAUGUCUGACCACGGUGAAGUCAGUCAACAAAACAGACAGUCAGACCCUCCUGGCUACUUUCGGGUCUCUGGAACAGCUCAUCGCUGCAUCACGGGAAGAUCUGGCCUUGUGCCCAGGCCUGGGGCCCCAGAAGGCCCGGAGGCUGUUUGAUGUCUUACAUGAGCCCUUCCUGAAAGCACCCCAGUGAUCCCGGCUGCCAAGGACGCCCCAGGUGUCAUAAUAAAGUAUUUGCCCGUU